CUUGCCAGGGCAGAGCACCAAACCAAAUACUAACGCUGUUUGGGUGUUAAUCAAGCUAACUGCUCCUGCAGGCUCAGGUAUCACAGCUCUUCAUUUUUUAGUAGUCACAGUGCAAGACUACCCGCUGUUGAUGUUUCUGCAAAUGUUUCCUAACUUCUGGUUACUAUAAAAACCUAUGGCGCUUACAGGCUCGUUAUCAAAUCCCGUAGCUGAGUAACCCCGGGUCAGCCAUCCAGAGAGUAAUCUUGAAGUAGCCUAACUGGCUAACUCUGCACUUACAACAAAGAACUGGUGUGGGUUUUUGAUUUGUUUUUUAAAUCCCAGAGCAACUGUUAACAAUAACGUAAAGACGUUUAAUUAAAGAACGUGCUCUUAGCAUGAUAAAAUGUACCAUCAAUAGAGAACUUCUGUACACACUCCUAGUCUGAAUAUUUUUUUCAUGUCUGUCAUUAAUACUUGUUACUUAUUAUUGAGGGGUAUUUAACAUUCUUUUCCUCUUUAUAUUGUUGCAUUACUAAUUCUUUUUGGUUGGUUCAAUUUGGACAUCCAAUAUAUGGGGAGAUCUGUCUUUGAUUGUUUGACAGUGAUGCUUUAAAACUAAAACCAGAGAAACCUUGUGCCUGACCAGAGUUCAAAGACUCGAGCUUGGUUUUACAUGAAUACAUUUCUAAUAAUUUAAUGAACUCAAAAUCCAGUGGAAACAGUGGAAACAAAAGCGUGCUUUUCUGUGGUUUGGUAAAUCAAGUAACUUUGUUCAGAAACAGUUUGGUGGUGCUUUUUGGCUCUCUGGAAGAAACAACAACACUUCCAACCCCCUCCCCCCAAAAAAAACCCAAUAAACAAUUCUGGGGAAGCAAAGCUGAAUUUGGAAUUCGAUCAGACUCCAUACUUUUAAAAUGGUCGAUAAGUAAAUGUUACAUUAUUGCAAGGGCUGAAAGUGGCUAUGUGCUUGGAAAAUAUACGUUUAGUCAUAGACUGUCACUUGUAUUACCUGUCACAGGAAAGGAAAAUGUUUUUCAGACAGGUCGAUGGGGUCCUGCAGUGGGUACGUAGCUGUUUGGGACUGGGUAGGAGACCGACUUGUAAAAUAUUCCAUGUCAGUGAUUUAUUACUCCCCCCAGCCCCUUCCACUGUUCCUUAGUCCUGCUGUAGUUGGGCUUAAAUGGGUUGGUGUCACUUGCUGAGCAGGGCCGGGCGUGGGCGGCUCUGUGCCUCCCGGCCGCAGGGCAGAGCGGGAUCCUGCUUCAGGUGGAGAGGGCUGUGGGGCACCGAGUGAGGCCACAGGCACUGAAAAAAACCCCAGUUACGAGUGGAGUAGGGUGGUGCAGGCAGCUUCUGCCCCUUCCCAAGGCUGUGGCAGCACUGUGCCGGGGGUGUGAGCGGGGCGGCCCUGCGCCAGGGCCCGGGGUGCCGUCGCGCAGCCGUCGGUCAGCACCCAGCGCACAGAAAGGCGCGUCUGGCCUCUGCAGCGCCCGGGACAACGGGCCUGCUCUUCGGAAAAACGACGGUACGGGCCUCCGCCUUCUCUUCCCCUGGUUGCAACACUAUACUUUGAACCUAGAAAAUAUAGGCGCUUUCUUUUCUUAAAAAAAUAGUUCAGUGGCUUUUGCUCUGGCGAAACUCUGAGAUAAAGAUUGUUUCAAGUCCCGUGCUGCUUAAAGUUGUGGCUGAGCCAGGCCUGGUUUUGUGUUCAUUUUCCUGUGUGUGUGCAAACCCUUUGCUAUUAGGUGAAAGAUCCAUGUCAGCAGAUACCAUGUAAGCUUGCCUACUUAAAGUGAAACCAUUUUUUUCCUUUGUAAUCUUCCAGUUAUCUCAAGUGCUUUUGACUUCAUUACACAAACUGUUAGGAGGAAGUGUGAUUUCAGAGUUUCCUUUGGAAAGUACCCAACCAGCUUUGUAUUUUUGUGCUUUCAAUGGCUCGACUUUAGGUAUGUGGUGCACACUGUAGCUGGGUUUAAUUUCUCCACUGUCUUUAAGGGCUUCUGUUUCGGUGUCUCUGUUUGGCUUAGUUACCCAGAUUUCAGGUAUUCAGAGACCUGACCUGUCUUGGCUGAAGUGCUGAACCCUUCCAUCUACUGCCAUUACGGUUGUACGUACUACAGUAUGUACAUACUACAUAAUGUACCGUACUACUGACAAUCCACCCUGGGCCCUGCCAAACAGGGCUGGGGAUGGUGCUGCUGGUGGUGAACAGCCUGGUGGGGAUGCCAACUACUUGUUUCGGUUCCAUGCUUUAAGUACCAUUUCUUGAUUUUAACAGGAAGGUUCCACACACGCUCUUCAUGAAACUGCAGUUCAGUCGUGCAGAGUACUGGGUUAACUCUCUUGCUGGAGUAGCUGAAAAAGCAGUCCUGCUUGUAUUUUUUGCCACUACUGCUUUUCUCUUUUCCUGGGAAGCCUGCACAAUCCCUUCACGGCAGCGUUUUAAGGACAGGAUAAUAUCAUCCAUCUCUCAGCAAUGACACGGGAAUUUUGGUAGGGCUUAGGAAUGGGGAGUUAAUUACAGGGCUCCAAAGGUGGAUCACUGCUACAGUUCUCCCAUACUGCCUCAAUUGCUGGCCCAUCCUUCCCCAAAGCUCUAGCCUUCUACAGGUCUCUCUUGGCUUGGGGGGAAUUGCUAUCCCUGUUUCAGUAUUGUCACCCUGUGUGAUUUUAAUGCCAUUAAAUACUCUGUCUGCUGUGUAAGCUUCAGAUGCUUGAGUGUUAAAUGAUUUAUUUUCCCUUAGAGGGGCACUGCUUUCCAUCUGACUGUACCAAGGACGGACCUCGGAGCCCCAGACUUCACCAGGCUCGACAGCGCUCAGCUGUGUAGCUUUAGCUCUUACCCACUUGAGACUAAAUAAACCUCAAGAACAUCCCGAGCUAAGGGACGGCUUAAGACUUUUAUCCCACGUUGGCUAUCCCUGCGCUCCAGAAGAAAUCAUGGCAGGUAUCUCCUGGACUGUGGGAGUCUCCAAUGAGACGGUCACCAAUGCCAGUUCAGAGCUCAGUUUGGAAGCAGACUUCCAGUAUUCCUUGUUUACUGUCAUCUACAGCAUCGUCUUCGUGCUGGGACUGGUAGAGAAUCUUGUAGCUCUGUACCUCCUGUCCUGCAGAGUCAAGCACACUUCUCAUUCCUAUGUGUACAUGAUUAAUCUAGCUCUGGCAGACACCUUGUUUGUUUGUGUGUUGCCUUUUAAAAUUCAUUACCACCUGCAUCAGAACAACUGGCUCUUUGGUGACAUGGCUUGUAGGAUAACUGGGACUCUGUACUACGCCAACAUCUGCCUGAGCAUUGCCUUCUUCACCUGCAUCUGCGUUGACCGUUACAUUGCGGUGUUGCACCCCUUCACGUACAUCCAGAUCAAAGUCACCCAUUACGUGAUGGUGGUCGCGGUCCUUUGGGUGGUCGCUCUGAGUGUCAUGGUCCCACUGAUCCUCGGAGGUCCCCUCCACAACAGCGGCGUGAGGAACGUGACAGCAUGUUUUGAGAACUUUGCUACAAGUAGCUGGACUUACCGCAUGGCGCCUUAUAACAUUCUGGCUUUAGUUUUUGGGUUUGUGAUCCCGUUUUCCAUCAUUCUGAUCAGCUACCCUCUUAUAGCUAAGAGGAUCUCCCAGAUCAAACACAGCAAUCGCAAGAGGAAGGCCCUGAGCACCAUCUACAUCAUCCUGGCCAUUUGUACUUUGUGCUUUCUCCCGUAUCAUCUCACUCACUUGCUCCACUUUCUAAUGAGAAUCCAGGUCAUCCAGAAUAAGUCAUUUACCAACUUGAUCUACAAAAUGCGAAGGAUCACCUUGGCCCUCGUGAGUUUCAACUGUUGCCUUAACCCUCUCUUGUACUACUUCACCUCUUCCACCAAGCAGUGGCGCUUCAACUUCAAGCUCAGAUUCAGGUCUAAAGUGGUGUACACAAUCUGUGACCAGAAAUCUGGGGAGUUCUCCUACGUGUAUAAACUACACCAGAGACAUGGAAAGAAAAAAAACAGAGAUGGAGUCAACUGAUCUACCUAAAAACCACGCCUCUUCUGAGAACUGCGUUUUCCACUCUGUGAAACAUGAGACUUUAGACAGAAUUUAUCAUUUGUGGGUUACCGGAGUCACCAGAAAACCACGGGCCUGGCUGACAAACCUGCCAACAGUUUGCUUCAGAGGUGAUUUUGGUAACAGAUACCCAGCCUUGCUGUUCCUUCCCACGCCACCCCCAAACUUUAUAAAGCGCGUAUCUGCUACCGGCCUGUGGCAUGCAGGACUGCUGAGCAGCUGAGAAGGGAAGAGACUUGGCACAGGGCUGGUUUAACAGGACCAAGGUUUGUCCAGGCAGGGCGAGGUGCCCAGCUGGGAUUUCCAUUUCCAAAUAGAGAAAAUGCAGGUGAAAAGUCACACUUGGACUGGGGGCUCUGCAGCAGGGGUGGGGGGCCCAGGUUAGGCUGUUACUGGACUCUGAACAAGAACUGUUGCAGCCUUAGAGGAGGGAGGGGGCGGGAUUAUUGUGGCAGGAUGGUGUAGGGAGGGAAAGGAGCAUGUCUCUGAUGUAGUAGCUUCUCCUUGCACAGUGGCUGGUGCAGCUUCUGCCCCUGUUGAGCCAAUUUUCUGACAGCAGCCGAUGCCCCAGCUGACUCUGAGGACAGGAGGCAAGAGGCCUGGAAAAGCAGCAGCAGGGCUGUGGGGGUGCAGCGGGGUCCUGGUGUGUGGAAAAAACCCCCUGGAUGACGAUGGUCUGUACUGAUCAGUUCAAGCCCAUCAAUACACCACUGCAGCAACUGGAGGUGGACGCAGAAUGCAAACACCGAGCAGAUCCAAAAUUACUGAGAGACCUUGGGAGGCAGCGGGGCUCUGGCUUGCAGGAGGUACAGCGACCUGCAGGUUGAAUCACACUGAAGUAGACACCUGUUACCGCUGAUGGGUCAGUCACAGACCUCUCCCUUCCCGGACUUUGCUUGUAGCUUGGAUGAAUUUUUAAAUAUCAGUGGGAAAACCUGCACAAACUCUUCUAAAAUAUUGAAAAGAACGAUAAUUCCUGUGUUCCUCUGCUUGACAGGGCUUGGUAAGACAAGUGCAAAUCCUUGCACUUGUAAAAUGGAGAUGAGGAAAGCCUCGGAGGGAGUAUUAGCACAAAUGAAUCUUUUACCUUUCGUGAGACUGCUAUUUUUGUCCCAUUUUAUAGGCUAUGGAAAAGCUUCCCAGGACUGUUCUUUCCAACUAAGCACUAUUUUUAUGUUCUGGACAAAGGAAGAAAAUUUUUGUUAGAGACUCUAUCCAGGAAUGCAGCUUUUCUGCAGCCUUGACAGCUGUCACUGAGGGAAGUAUGGAUAAUUAAAUAGAUGUUAUGUUGCUGGGUAAAUAGCACCUUUGGGGCUUUAUACUCUUGCAUUUUCAUUGUGCAGCUUUGAAAGCUCCUUGUAUCACGCAGCACUGCUGAGGUUUUAAGGGAAAUGAACUGGGGAAGGGGAAGAAUGCUGAAUAUACUUCACCUUACUGGGUAAGCAACAGAAACCUUGUUCCUGGGAUACUUUAAGAACAGGCUGCACUGGGCCCCGGUCGGGCUUCCGAGGGGGAAGGUGGUGAAGGGUAGACACUGUCACUGCAGGAAUUGGACAAACACUGUAAUUCCUUUGUUAAAACAAAACCAGAAAAACACAUUGACAAUGUAAACAAAAUAAAAUCUAAAUCUCUCUGAAA